GGUGGGGGGAGGGAGAGGAAGGGGUUGACAGCUAGCAAUGAAGAAGGAGGCUCACCUAACGUCACUCCAAACCCUAUCUCUCGUCUCUUCCCUGCCUUUUUAGGCUUUCUAUCUCUCUCUCCAUUCUCUACUUUCAAACUCUUCUUCUCAUUCCAUUCUCUCUCUCUUUCUUUCUCUGUGUUCUGGGUUCUCACUUCUUCACUUUAAUCUAGGGGGGUUUUGUUCUUUGUCGCUUUAUUGGGUUUUUUGGACUCGUUUGUGUCUCGGAAUUCUCGCCUGGAUUGAAUUGUUGAGUUUUCUCUGCUUUGGUUUCUAAGAAUUUUGGGCGGGAAUCAUUUAGGGUUUAAGCUCAGGUAAUUAGACUGUUAACUUGAGUUCAAAGCGUUUUGCAAUCUCUCUGCAUUCAAGCCUUCUCGUCUUUGCACAAAGAUUCAAGGAAAGUUAAGAGGAAGGAAAAAAGAAAAUGAUAGGACCCGAUUUCAUUGAUGAGAUAGACUGCGGGAGCUUCUUUGAUCAGAUUGAUGACAUAACUGAAUUCCCUGCCGACAAUGAAUGUGAUCUCGGCUCUGGCUCUGGCAGCGGCAGCGGCAAUGAUUUUCAGAGCAUUUGGUCGGAUGCUUUGACUGGUUCUGACCCAAUUUUCUCCGCCAACAACAGCAACAGUGCAGCAUCUCAACUCUCCGCCGAACUCUCUCUUCCGUACGAAGACAUCGUGCAGCUCGAAUGGCUUUCAAACUUUGUGGAGGAUUCUUUCUCUGGUGGAGGCAUGACCCUUGGCAAAGAAAAACCUUCCGUCAACAACGAGUCAUCACACAAUCAGUUUCAAACAUCCAGUCCCGUCUCUGUUCUUGAGAGCAGCAGCAGCAGCAGUUCCUGUUCCAGGACAAAGACUACGCAGCUCAGCCCAACUAAACACGGUCCACAGCGUGCUCGUAGCAAGCGCCCUCGUCCUGCAACCUUCAAUCCCCGCCCAGCAAUUCAACUCAUCUCCCCAACCUCCUCUGUUACAGAGAAUCUCCAGUUAUACCCUGUUCGAGUAACUUCCUCAGAAUCUGAAAAUUUUGCCGAGUCUCAUCCUGUGAAAAAGAUACCAAAGGCAGCUCCAAUGGAACAUAAGAAGAGAAAGAAAAUAAAGUUGUCACUUCCUUUGGGUCCCGUGGAAAUGAAUCAAAACUCGACAUCCCAAGCUGUUAGGAAAUGCAUGCAUUGUGAGAUAACUAAGACGCCGCAGUGGAGGGCAGGCCCAAUGGGACCAAAAACCCUAUGCAAUGCAUGUGGUGUACGGUACAAGUCAGGCCGACUCUUCCCCGAGUACCGGCCUGCUGCGAGUCCAACAUUCGUUCCAUCGUUGCACUCCAAUUCUCACAAAAAGGUCAUUGAGAUGAGAAGUAAUGGUGGUGAGAAAAGUUCUGUGGUUAUGACGGUGACAACUACCCCGACAACCACCCAUCCAGAGCUCAUCCCCAACAGCAACCCUUCACUGGAUUACAUUUGAGUGGAGUGGCAGUGUGGAGACCAGCGUUCAUCGUUGGAAUUGCUCUUCACGGCCUUGAACUCUUCUGUUGCUCUCAUGUUAUCACUUUUACUGGUUGUUUCAUUUCUUUGUUCAUUUGUUCUUUGUACAGAGAUGUAAUGGGGGGAUGGUAGAGUAUUAGAUGGACCAUAUUUUAGUUAAUAGUAAAGGAAUCAAAUCAGAGUACUGAGAAAGUAAAGGAAUCAAAUCAGAGUACUGAGAAAGUGGUAGGGAUUAAGGCGUAGGGUUCAGGUUUAGUGAUAUGCAUCAGGUCUUUAAGAUUAAGAUUAAUAGGUUUGGGGUGAGGAUCUUGUCACUUCUUUAUCAUGUGUUUUUGUUCUUUGUUUACCCUUAAUUGGGGAUUCUUUUUGCAGUUCAUUUCUUACUAGGAAAUUGUGAGAUAAGUAAUAUGAAGUUUGAAUUUAUGUUUA